AUGGGAAGCCGAGCACGUAUGUUAGUCAAACUGUGUGAACAGGAUUCUGGUAGUAUUGAGGACCAAUCUUCUUCCAAUAGCUUUAAUUCUGCCAGUGUAAAUGAGAUACAUACUGCAGACCAAACAGCAUUAACUGUGACGGAAAAUAUUAUAUCUUCCCUAAAUAAUACAAAUUCGCGACCAAUCCUAGCUAACGACGAAAAUGGUAGUGAAGGCGAAACUAAAGACUUUUCUGCAGAAGAUAGUGGUGACGAAUAUAAACCAGAGCAAUCUGUAAAACGUGGCCGUAUAAAUUCAACAUCAUCUACCUCAUCGACGAGCUCCUCGUGUUCUACUUCAUCGUCCAGUUCGUCUGAUUCUACUUCUAGCUCAACAUCGACAUCGACUACUCAUGAUUCGGUCAGAAAUUCCAAUUUAAUGGAUGCCAGCCAAGAAGUAGCGCUACCUGCCGAGACUACUGUACCCAAGAAAGGAAAAAAGAGAGUUCGGAAUGAAUCUGCGUGGAUAAAGAAUGUACGAAAACAAUACUGA